AUGAAACCAUAUUUCGACUAAACAACUCAACCUUAAAAAUUGAAUUUAAGAAGAUUAGGAAUAGCCUGGCUAAUGGGAAAUGUCUUUAUGGGGCCUUUAUUUCACUAUAACUUUACAUAUAUGUUACCUUGGCUAGUAAAGAGGUCGCAUAAUUUUUAUAAACUAUAGAUUACCAUUCGAUACUACUACACCUAUAAGAAGAGCAUUUGGGUCUGUUUUAAUUGAUUAAACUGUGUGGAGUUGUUAUCUACUCUGUCAUUAUUUAAUUAUAAUAAAUUUUCUUGAAAGUGGUUCAAUCACCAAAGGCAUAGAGGCAAUUAAAAAAAACUUUACAAAAGUUAUGAUAACUAAUUGGUAGGUGUGGCCAGCCGCUUAAAUAAUCAAUUUUUGGUUAAUCCCUCGACCAUAUUAAGUUCUAUGGGUAAAUCUUAUAGGAUAUUUUUGGAAUAUAUAUUUGAGUUAUAUAUAACAUAAAUGA